CAUCUUGCCCCCACCCACUUAAGAGCACCUCAUUAAUGGCUGCCCCAACUUUUACUCUCCACUUCCUAAUGCUCUUUCUUCUAAUUUCUGUUCCUUUUUUCUCACAUUGCUAUAGAUUACACUCGUUUCUAAUCAGCUGAAAAAAAUCCAAGAUUUGCUGCUAAAUUUCAACCCUUUUGGGUUUUCUUGCAUUUGCUGUUUCCUUUCUAAUUUGGGUCUUGAAGCAAAGGAAGACAGAAAUGAGAGGAGGGGUCAGUGAAAGUUUCAGACUUGACCUUCUUCUGGUUGUAUUUAUACUCUUCCUUUGCCUCCAGGAAUCCAGUUGCAGCUCACUGAAUAAUCUAAAAGGCUCUCUAAUCAUGGACAUAAAGGAGGAUACUCUUUUGCUAGAGAAGUCACCUACUGCUGCUCCACAACCCCUUCUCCCCCUUCUUGCACCUUCUCCGUUGGCACCUUUCACAAACAGCACUUCACCUAAACUAUCUGGAUUGUGUACGCUGAACUUUGCUGCUGUGAAAAGUAUGAUGACCGUGACAUCAAUAGAUUGUGUAGCUCCAUUUGCAGAGUAUCUGGCUAAUGUCAUGUGUUGCCCUCAACUAGAAACAACUCUUGUUAUUCUUAUUGGGCAGUCUAGUAAACAUUCAAAUAUGCUUGCUUUAAAUGGGAGUCUCGCAAAGCAUUGCCUUUCAGAUUUUCAGCAACUCCUGGUCAGUCAGGGUGCCAAUGAUACUCUGCAGCAGAUAUGCUCUCUACAUCCUGAAAACCUUACUGAAGGUUCUUGCCCAGUCAAAGAUGUUCAUGAGUUUGAGAGCACUGUGGACUCAUCUAGCCUACUUGAUACCUGUGGCAAGAUCGAUCUUGUGAAUGAAUGUUGUGAGGAAACUUGUGGAAAUGCUAUAACAGAAGCUGCUAAAAAACUUGCACUUAAAGCAUAUGAUAUUUCAAGGAUGGAUGACCCUGUGCUGUCUGAUCACACAACUAGAGUUAACGACUGUAAAAGGAUUGUACACCGAUGGCUGGCAAGUAAACUUGAACCUGCUGGAGCAAAACAUGUUCUUAGAGGACUUUCUAAUUGCAAAAACAAUAAAGUGUGCCCUUUGGUUUUUCCUAACAUGAAAAAUAUUACAAAGGCUUGUGGAGAUGGGAUGAAUAACCAAACAAGAUGCUGUAGUACUGUCGAGAGGUAUGUGUCUCACUUACAGAGGCAGAGCUUUGUCACCAACUUGCAAGCUUUGGAUUGUGCUGCCUCGCUUGGACUUAAGCUACAGAAAGACAAUGUUAGCAAAAAUGUCUACAAUCUCUGUCACAUUAGCCUCAAGGAUUUUUCUGUACAAGGUCAGUUUUUAUUUGAAUGCUCUUUGGUGCAUUGUACAGCAUACAAAUACCUUGAAGCUGACUUCAAAUUUUGAUCUUGUCAUGUUUGUGGCAUCGGGUUAUCUUCAAAUGACUAUACUACACCAGUUACACCAGAAGUUUCGGGGUGUCUUUUGUCUAGUUUACCAUCAGAUGCAAUACUGGACAAAACUUUGGGGAUCGGCUUUGUAUGCGACUUAAAUGACAACAUUCCGGCUCCUUGGCCAUCUAUGUCUCAGUUACCAGCUUCAUCAUGCAAGAAGUCUGUGAGAAUUCCUGCACUUCCUGCUGUAGCAUCGGGGCAAAUAAGUUUUAAAGGAUUAAAUAUAUGGUCAUACCUUCUGCUGGCGGCCUCGAUGAUACUGGAAGUCUGCUGUAUAUAUAAUGCUGCCAUUCUUUCUUACUAGCAGUAUUUCGUGGAAGCCUAAAAUCUUGACCAGAAAGGGAACUGUCUGAAGAUGUCUCAUUGACAUCAAAAGUUCAAAAUGUACAAAUGCAGGAAAAUCAUGCACCUACGUAAUUU